AUGUCGAAGGAGGCAAGGCCACGCCUAUCUAUCGACCGUGGCGGAUUCCAGGGCGACAACCUAGUCAACGAGGACCUCUGGGUCAGCUCGGUGACGGGGAAGAUUGUCGAGACCCAGCAGGCCUUCUACGACGACUUCGUCCUCCCUGACCAGACCAUUGACCUGGGCGGCCGCAUCCUCUCGCCGGGCCUGAUCGACGUGCAGCUCAAUGGCGCCUUCGGCCUUAACUUCUCCACCGUCGUGCCGGACAUGUCACUGUACGGCAAGGCGGUGCGGGACCUGAACCGGAGGCUGGUCCAGACGGGCGUCACCUCGUACGUGCCCACCGUCACGACCCAGACGAGCGAUCUGUACCGCAAGGUCUUGCCUCACCUGGCGCCCUCGGGCUCCAAGAGGAUUGCUGACGACGGCGCUGAGUCCCUCGGCGCGCACUGCGAGGGGCCCUUUCUUAACCCGGGCAAGAACGGCAUUCACAACGUCGAGGUCAUGCGGCAGGCGCACGCCUUCAAGGAUCUCGAGGACAUGUACGGCCCCGAGAACAUCAACCCGCACCUGGCGCGAGGACCCCUGCCCAUAAGAAUGAUCACGUCGGCGCCGGAGCUAGGCAACAUGACGCAGCUCAUCCCCGAGCUGCAGUCCCGCGGCAUCAUCUUCUCCAUCGGCCACUCCGAGGCCACCUACGAGGAGGCCUCUGCCGCCGUCGCGAGCGGCGCCACAAUGAUCACCCACCUCUUCAACGCCAUGCGGCCGUUGCACCACCGGAACCCGGGCAUCUUCGGCGUGCUGGGCAUCGCCGAGAGCCUGCCGCGCCCCUACUUUGGCAUCAUCGCGGACGGCAUCCAUCUGCACCCCACCACCAUCAAGAUCGCCCACAACGCGCACCCGGACGGGUUCAUCCUCGUCACUGACGCCAUGCACAUGGUGGGCCUGCCGGAUGGGAGAUACAAGUGGACCAACGGCGAGGGCGAGCACCACAUCGUCAAGAAGGGCUACGUCCUAACACUCGAAGGGACGGACAGCAUAGCAGGAAGCUCCAUCACCCUCAUCGAAUGCGUCAACAACUUCCUUAAGUGGUCCGGAACCAGCAUCCCCAACGUCCUGAGGGCGGUGACAUCUACCCCGGCCGAGAUGCUGGGCCUGACGGGCGUCAAAGGCUCCCUGGAGGCCGGCGCCGACGCCGACCUCGUCAUCUUCUCGGAGGAGGUGACAGCCGACGGCGCCGUCCAGCUGGUUGCCGACGAGGUGUGGAAGUUUGGAAGCCGCGUCUUCCACAAGAGCGACCCCUUCUCGCCCGUCUACUCGCCCAUCGAUAGCUCGCCCCUCCCGUCCUCUCCCGAGCCUGACUUCGCUCUCUGA